GACAACCAGCAGCUCGGCUCAGGAGGUCGCGCUUUUGACGGGGAGUCGUCACAAGAGAGAGACAGUUUUCUCCCUACGGACAUCUCCGAAAUGGAGGCUGCGGAGAUAGAGCUAGGUCCGAUGUCCUCCGUAGACAUCGAGAGGAUGGUACAGGAGCUCGCUGAACCUGGGACAAUCGAUAUCCGGGAUAGCGAAUCCACAGUGUCAGCACGCGACUACCUCAUCCAUACGAGACACGCUCCCGACAUCGAGGUCGAGGAGGUGGAGGAGGAAUGGACUACUCCAAUCCGCGAGUCAGGUGAGGAAGAAGAGGAAGCGGAAGGGAGUGGGACGGACUCAGUCGAUGACUCCCAAUUGAACGAACCUUUCUCAUGCGAAGACCUAGUUUCGAGAGUCGUCAAAUCUGACUUCACUACCUUUGUGAGGUUGAAUUUGUUGCGACUCGCGUUUCAAAGUCCCAAACCCUCUCAGAGAGCGCAUCUUCCGUUCACCAACCCUGCGAUCAUCCCUACAGAGGACGUGGUCAUCUCAAUACCCAUUCUUCGAUGUGGUGUAUCGGUCCCGUUUCAUCCUUUCGUCGCAGCGAUUCUCAGACGUUAUGACGUAUCGCCUUUUCAGCUAACACCCAACAGUUAUCGCACUGUUCUAGCAUUCUAUGCGAUGUACAUGGAGUACGCCCAUAGGGCUCCGUCAGUAGAGGAGUUUAGUUACUUCUAUGACAUAAAGAGCGUGGGUCUUCAUAAUGGCUUCUUUUGCUUUAGUAAAUGGGCGACUUCUGAAAUAAACGGUAUUGAGGGGAUGGUCUCGAACAUGGGCGAUUGGAAGUCGAAAUGGUUUUAUAUUUUUAAGGUUCCUGGGAUCAGGACUGACUUUAAUCGUAGACCCAGUAUGUCGCAUUUUUGUUGACUUAGAUAAAACUUGUUACUUUGCUUUUCGAGAUCUUUUGCUAACUCGUUCUUCUUUGUUGUCAUCGCAGAUAGACCAGCUCGACCAACGCUUGACGCGAAUAAGAAGGGGGUAGCCGAAAUUCUUGGGAGUCUUCCGGUACAAGAUCGCGACUGGCGAUUGCUGUGUACGACUGCCAAAUUGCGAGAACAUAAACUGAUCCCUGAGAACGCGAGUCUUCAACGGGAGCCAGUAUAUAAAGAACCUUCUGAGAAACAGCAGGAGCGGAUAGAUAAACGUCUUUCUAAACAAACUCCUCGACAAACUUCAGACAUGACUUUCUUGAAGUCUGCCCCUGUCCUGAAGAUCAAGCAAAAGGGUGGAACACCAGCGACUUCGCCGGUCGUUGCCCAGAAGAGGAAGAGCGAUGUGAUGACUUCGCUUGCUGCAGAUUCUUCCAAGAAGUUGGCUAAGACUACUCAGGACAAAGGGAAGAAAGUCGUCAUCGACUCUCCUGUUCGGGCUCGCGAUUUUCUGGCCAUGCAGGAAAAAUUACUGGCUGAGAUCCCAUACGAGGAUCUUGCUUCUCGAUCUACUGAACUGGCCGUGCAAUCCAUGGCU